UACAGGAAAACCAUGUAACAACCACUAUCGGAACAGUGUAAGUACGUACAUAUACGUCACGUACGUAUUUUUUAACAGGAAACCAGACUGAUGUCGUUGAUGUGGUUGCCCAUACAAGUUGACAGUAUGUCUAGCGACUUACAACUUAUCAGCUCUUGAAACUGUGUUGUGAGUUAAAAUGCGUUUACUCAAAAUCCUUCCGUUUUUAUCAAUAUUGUGUAUAUCAAAGUGUACGGAUGACUUUAACGAACAGUGUAAAGAUAGGUUCAGAGAUCCAACCAACUUGACUUCUAUAGAUGUGAAUAAAUAUUGCUCCAACAAAUGGUGUAUACAAAAAUGUUGCCCUCUUGAUUAUUGCAUUAAUGCUAAAGGUAAAUGUGUAAAGAUUGCAUUUCUACGCGGAAAGCUCAAUGCCAGAUAUAGUGAACUAUUCGAGUUAAUCGAUAACAACAUUACCUUUUAUACAAAUACGGAGCCCAAAAAGAAAAUUGAAAAGCAAUUUAAUUACAUUUACAACAACAAAAAUAUUACAAAGUGUGGGGAGUUUACAUCAUUGAAAAACAAAUUCUAUUUUACGGAAAACGCAUCAGUUAAGAUAUAUGAUGCAAAAUAUUCCAAACAAUGGUAUACUCUUACUUCCUCAGAAUAUUGUACAGACUACAAACUCAUACUAGGCAAUAAUAUCACAAUUUCGUUGGUCAUCCAAGAAUAUUUCCAAUUAUCGGAAGACGAUGGACUAAAUGAUACUCUACUUUUUAUAGGUUUGCUGACAUCAUCGGUGUUUCUGCUGCUCGUAUUUGCAGUUCAUUGUAUGUUAAAAACUCUGCAUUCAUCUUUCACGGGACUUCUAAUGAUGGCUUACACCAUAACAAUCCUAGUAGCUUUCAUAGUCAAAGUCAUCAUUCAAGCAACCAUUUCAUAUAUGACUAAUUACAGCUGUAAAAUAAUAACUCCUGUCCUAUAUUUUCUAUUGAUGUCAAGUUUCUUCUGGUUAAAUGCUUUCUCGUUCUGUAUAUGGCGGGGUUUAAGACAUUUUGGAGUAUUCCGAUCAACACGGCGAGAGAAGCUGCUGAGUUUCUGCCGAUACAGCUUGUAUGCGUGGGGCGUGCCGCUGGUGAUCACCGGAGUAGUCACCUGCUUGGACAACAUCGACAUCACGGACGUGCCUUAUAUUGUCAAACCGCCAUUCGAUGACUGUUUCAAAAAUAAAUUUGGAAUUCAAGAGUACUAUUAUAAACCACUGGGUGUAAUAAUGUUAAUUAACAUAGUGUUGUUCAUAAUGACGAUUUACCAUAUAAUGACGACUACAAACUCAACAACGAAAAAUGCAGAGUUCAGACGAAGUGGCAGGGAAAACAGUUACAAGACUUACAUGAAACUGUCACUUACAAUGGGCAUCAGUUGGAUCCUGGAACUGAUCCCUAACUCUGACAACACGUUCCUCUUCAUCCUGAGCAACACAUACAACAGUCUGAUCGGAGUCAUCAUAUUCUUCGUGUACAUUUGCGAUAAAAACGUUUUGAAUGAGCUUUGCAAAAAGUUCAACAUACAAAAUGGUUUCGUGACUAAACUGGCGCACCGCAAAUCCUUGUUCCGGCUAGCGAGGUCAAUGAAGGUGCAACGUGAAGAAUUAACUAGUAUGCAAACUGCUACCACCGGCCUUAGUUCGGAAGCUGAAAACAGUACUUCUUUACUUUAAUUUUAAGCACACGUUAGGAUUUAUUUCUUAGUUUACCUAAUGCCUAUUAAAUGAAUGCAUUUAAAA